AUGUUCUUAUAUUCGCGAAUUUCCGAUGGACGAGUUCGUGUUGAAGUAGCAGAAACAAGCGAUGGUAUGAACAAGGUCUUCCAAUGCAAGGCUUACGACUCUUUGACCGGCUAUGAGUUGACAAAAGACGUCUCCUACGGCUGGAAGUUCGCUUCAAAAUCCACUGGCGAGGAUGUCAGCCCGGGUCAUCUAUUCGCUUCAAUGCAGGAGCAAGGAAAUGAGCUCGAGAUCAGCUACUCCAGCCCAAUGAAUAUACCGUUCUAUCUCCAUCAACUGGGCAUUGUGGAGGGCACAUGCGUCGUUUUGGUGCCCAGCUAUGCUGGAAAACUCGAUUUUGUCGAGGGUAGCGUGAAUACCUACUAUUCUGAGCCCUUUAUAGAAAUCGAUCCCAACCAAGGCAAGGAAGAGGUAAUAGUCAAAUUGCCGGGGUCACCCAAACGAGGCAAAAAGGCAGGUCUCGUGGUUCAAAGUGUCAAGAAUGGUUUGAUUACGGUAACAUCAGGAGGGACUGUCUCAUUGGAGUGCCAGCUAGUGGAUCUUGAUACGCAUGCUGCACUCAACGAUGAGAUGAUUAACUAUUCUUGGGACCUACGACGUCGUGACAAUUCUCCGGUUGACACGGCCUCUCUAGUCGACACCGCUUUGCUCCUUGAGAAAGCCUCCGGAAAGAUGAUCACACUGGUAGGCAUCAAUCGCCUGGCAGGUGGGUUACGUGGACGUUGUUCGGCCAUAAACACCACUCUUUCCGAGGCCAACAAAGUUUCCAGUAUGGAAGGCCGCGUAGAGGAUGGCAGGAGUGAUGACGACCCAACAAGCGCAGGAAAACAAGAGGACGAAAAGGAAGACACACAAAAAAGUGGAAAACUCGAAUCUGGUGCCAUCUGGGUGCAGCCAGGUGCGAGCUUGGCGCCAGAAGAAGAUCGACAGUGGCCUAGGCCUUAUGACAUUGAUUUCCAAGGCAAUGUGAUUCCCUCGUCCGGCAUUCGGCAUGGCAUGCUGUAUGGCUGGGAGCUUCGCUAUGGCAGUGGUCGACCUGCUUCGUUGAAUCAAAUAGGCGCAGAGGUCAACAUCGAUGCCAAAGAGGGCACAUUAAAGGUGAAUGGAUUCCGCGCUCAACCCGAAGCACCUCCCGGCCUACAACUUCGUUGUCUUGUGGAUAGUCCAGCUAUUGAAGAAGAGAUCGGAGAGGCCGGAGCCGAUGGUAGGGUUCGUUAUUCCUCCGUAUACGCUGAUGUAGUGUCGACAACUCGUGAUGGCGACGUAAUUGUAGAGCAGCCGACCAGAACUCAGGAAGAGGCCCCAGAGAUUUUCCCAAUUGUGGACGGCCUAAAUGAAUGUGGGAAUCUUCCGUUCAGGACAGACGAGGAUAUUGUCCUAAAAUGUCGGCCGAACGAUACCAAAAUAGACACUUCGAAUGUGGCUGUCGCUUGGGAGAUCCGACACGCAAAUGGACAACUGAUUCCAGUGUCAAACCUCCUUGCCAGGUCUAUUCGUCAGGAGGGCAAUUCGCUAUACCUCAAUCAGAUCGUGAAGCCACAAGCAACUCCCCUUAUUGGACGUUGCGUGAUACUGAGCAGGCAGAACUUCACUGACGUCUACUCAAGCGCCUAUUUCGCAAUCAACAAAUACGGCAAAGCGUGUGAACCAGGUGAUAAAAUCUUAGUAACAAUGAUAACUUAA